AUGUUAUCCAACUACAUAACUUUGUUGGCUACAUCAUUUACAGACCCUGGAAGACUAGCUAAAAACAGUAUCAUAGAUCACCAAGAACAUGAUGAUGAUGAUGAAAAGAAAUCAUCUGAUUCUCAUAAUAACCAUGGAACAGCAGUUCUAUCAAUCAAUGUUGUUGUUCCACAAGGUACCAGUACUGAUCAAUCAUCAUCUUCUGCUUCAGUUGAAGAAGAUGAUUAUGAAGAUGGAGUAGAGGAAGAUGUCGACGUUAGUAAUGUCAAUCACGCUACCCAUGCCUCACCACCAGGAUCAAUCACACCUUCUACAUCAACUCAAUCCAUACCUUUUCCAGACAAAACCAUUCUCAUUGGUGAUUUUCCCUAUACUGUCAAAUAUUGCGAAACAUGUUUAAUUUAUCGACCACCAAGAUCUUCACAUUGCAGCCUUUGUAAUGCAUGCAUUAGCAGGUUUGAUCACCAUUGUCCGUGGGUUGGCAAUUGUGUCGGUCAAAACAACUACAAAUACUUUUUCUACUUUAUCGCCAGCGUCGCACUCAAUAUUUUAAUUGUACUCAUAACAACUAUAUACCAUCUAGACAUUAUUUAUAAAAAUACAACUAUAUAUCCAGACAACAAUAAUAAUAAUAAUAAUAAUAACUCAACCGACAAUAAUAAUAAUAAUAAUUCAACCGAUAAUAAUAAUAAUUCCUCAAAUGAACAUACAGCAGAAUCAAAGUUUUGGAAAGUUGUAUCAAGUCAUCCAGUUCACAUCUUUUUAAUUAUUUUUAGUUUCUUGAUGGCACUUCCUGUUCUCUCAUUACUUUAUUACCAUAGUAAAUUGGUAUUACUAAAUGAAACAACAAGAGAAGAUACCAAAAAGAUGUUUAAACUAAAACAACAACAAACCGAAUCAUCACUACCUAUUUCAAGUUCACCUUCAACUCAAAAUUUAAUCAAUAUUAAUGAUAAUAGUAGUGAUACUAGUUUAGAUGGAAAUAAUAAUAAUAAUCAAAAUAAUCAUAUCCACGACUAUCGCCAAAAGACCAUUUAUAAUAAUCCAUUCAACUUAUCAACCAUUCACAAUAUAAAAUCAGUAUUUUGUUAA